AUGAAGCUUUCUAUCGCUGUCCUCGCCGCCAUCACAGGCGCAGUCCUGGCCCGUCCCUCAAACCUCGCCGAGCGCGUAAAGUCUCGCGCCGAUGGCACUCGUCGUCACAGGACCCAGCCCAUGAUCUUGGUCGGCACCGCUGCGAAAGAGAACUCCAAGUUUGUCGCUGAUGUGGACAACACUACCGCCCACGUUGACUAUUCAUCCAACUGGUCUGGCGCUGUUCUCGAACAGCCCUCCUCCGGCUACUUCAAGUCAGCCACCGGGCGCUUUACGGUACCAACACCCAAGCACGUUGGCUCCGGUGGAACCGAGUCCGCGUCGGCUUGGGUUGGAAUCGACGGCGAUUCAUGUGCCAGCGGUCUGCUCCAAGCCGGUGUCGACUUCACCGUCAGCAGCUCCGGCGCCGUGUCCUACGAUGCUUGGUACGAGUGGUAUCCUGACUACGCCUACGACUUUAGCAACUUCGCCGUCAAGGCGGGAAACGUCAUUCAAGUCGACAUCACCGCCACCUCCACCACCAAGGGUACGGUCAAGCUCACCAAUGUGAGCACUGGAAAGAGCGUCAGCCAGACACUUAGCGCACCCAGCGGCUCCGUUUUGUGCCGUCAGAACGCCGAGUGGAUUGUAGAGGACUUUGAGUCUGGAGGCAGCUUGGUCGCAUUGAGCAACUUUGGCACUGUUGUUUUCACCCAGGCUAGUGCUGCUCUUAGCACUGGUGGAACGGAUGGACUGAGCAGCGCUACCAUCAUCGAUCUCAAGCAGGGUAGCACUGUCUACACUGACGUUACUAUCAACAGUGGAUCCCAAGUCACUGUCCAGUAUAUCUAA